ACGAUCAAAGUUGCAGUAAAGUAGAGGAUCCAGUUUGGAAGAGGAAGUUGUCGGAUAAUUUGUGAAUGCAUUGGGACGGUGAACUGGAACUCGCCAUAUCUGGGAAAGAUUGCUUCUUUUUUUUUUUUUUUUUAGCAGUGAUUACAUAGUUCGUCUUGGAUCAGAAUGGAAGGACGGCACGACAGUUCACCCAUGGAGGCUUUCGACAAGGACGUUUUGGAAAUGACUGUUGAAGAUGUUUAUGACAUUUCUUACGUGAUCGGCAGAGAUUUAUUAAAAGUCAACACAGGUAGCCGGGAAUUCUCGGAUUUACAGUUCAAGAUCGUCCGUGUGCUGGAGAUGUUUGAGACCAUGGUGAACAAGUACAACCUGUCGCUGGAGGAGCUGAGGAUGGAACUCGAUAAUAUGAAGCGAGAAAUGGAAAGAGUAGCAGAAGGUUCGAGUGGUGAUGUUAACAAUCAGACUGUUGGUCCAAACAAACUAGUCGUGGACUUAAAAGACCCAAACCGACCACGAUUCACCAUGCAGGAGUUAAAGGAGGUUCUGCAAGAGAGAAACAAACUUAAAGCCCAGCUGCUGUUGGCCCAAGAGGAACUACAGCUCUACAAGAGUGGAGUCCUGGGCUCCAAACAGAAGAUGGUGGAAGUAAACCUGGAGACCCUUCCUCAGUCAGAACCUGCACCCUCCAGCGUUACAGAGGAGCACAAAGAGAAGAGCACCAUUCAGAAACUGUUCUCAUUUCGACAAAAAUAGUUACCAGGAUUUAGUGCAAACUAAAACACAUUUGAGACAUGCAACCCUUCCAACAGGGUGAGGAGAGAUGGGAAGUGAUCCUUUUAAUACUUCCAAUUUCUGGCUGGAAAUCCUUCACCUUACUCCUGCUCAUUGUUUUUAAUCGUGUACAUUUUUAACUCUGUGAUUGUGACAGUUCUCACUUUGUUCAUCAUUGAGUGUGAAUGCAAACAUGAAUGACAAGAUAUCAAAGUAGCAAAUGUCCCUCUAAACACCUCCCUCAGCUAAUUUUCUGAAUAUUUGAAACACAUAUUUUCAUUAACAUUGUUCCACAGUAUCUUUUACUGUAAUAUAUGACAUUAAUAGAAUCAAUUUUAUGAAUAGUACAAUGACACAUUUAGGGACUAUUUUGAUGACAGUACUAAACCUAAUUAAACUGGCUGAAACACAUUGAUUUGGUGUUUAUAUGCCAUCUGAAGCUCUAAGACCUUAUUUGAGAGCUUACUGAAUUAGAAAACAUCUUCAGACUGUAUCUGUCGCAGGUGUUGACAAGCUUAAGGACAGAAACUAUCCAUAUGAUUAUGCACUUUCUAGUCUUAAUUUUAAUAAACAUGGGAACACAAGGAAUUGUAAGGUUAAAAUUGAGGUACUUCAACUAAAACACAAAAAAAGGCUGCUGUAUGAAGUAAUGUGCAGUGCACUGAAUCUCAUUAAGGUAUGUGAAGUGGUAAAUUGUCGGCCAUAUGAAUGGAAUAAUUCACUAUUAUUGGCUCGCAGUAUUCAUUGUAAUUAAGUAGUAGACUGGACAAAUUUUAUGACAGCAGAGACUUUUUCUGCAACACUAGGUAUUAAGAAAUGCUACUCUGAGUACAUGGACCCUGUUGUUUGUACACAGAUUACUGGAGUUAACUGGAUUUAACGUGUAGUUGCGUAACAACAUGAGAUUGAAUUAUUUAAACUAUAUUUGGCCCUCUUAAAUAAAAAUAAAGAAAAUGUACAACUUCUUCCAUCUAACGUGUCUGAUGCCGUCCUUUCCUCUAUUUGUUUGUAUUGGAUGUUUCCUAUGUCCUAUAUUUCCAGUAUCCUUUAUAAAAAUGUUUAUGUCACAAAGUUUUUUUUUUUUUUUUGUUGAAAGUAUAAUGGCUCUCUGAAUUACAUUUUAACAACCAGUAAUAUAAAUUCAGUCAAUUGUGUUUACAGAACUCAGUUUUCUAGUGUUUUGCACCUAUUUUAUGGUGGUAACUGAUGUGUUUCUUGCAGCAAGUUACAGUAUAAAAAAAUUAGCAAGUGCAUCACUUAGCCUUAGAUUCUUAUGAUUGGAAUUACAGGAGUUGUCAUGGUUUUAUGGUAUAAGAUUUGACAUGUUAUGCUUUUAAGAUUUAUUCAUUACUUACAAUUUAUUUCAAUUAUAAAUGUAUUGGUGAUCAAAAGAAACGGUCUAAAAACAACCAUUAUGUUUUUACAUAAAACAAAAAGUUAAAGACAAAAGGAUUCAAAACCAACAAUUUCUUAAAAACGUGGUAUAAUUGCUUUGCGAAUAAACUCUUAAUUUUGCAAGUGUACAGCAACUACACCUAUUUGAAUAUACUCAUAUCUUUAAAGUCAGAGGCUGGUAUUCUUAUACAUGCCUUAUUAAAAUUAAUAGUCUACCCAAAAAAAAAAAAAAAAAAAAAAAAAAGAAA